AUGUUGUGUAACUCUCGAGUCAAUGUGAAAAAUAAAUUUCGAAGAAUCACGAAACAUGUUUCUAAAGGAAAAGACACUCCCCCAACACCACAUAAAAUGUUGCUAUGGCGGUUUUGGAGUCCAUUGAUUUUAACUAGUUACAUUGCAAGCUUCGUACUAGCCGAACAAGUCAAAUUUGAUAUUUAUGGGGACGCCAACAAUAAUCUUGAACAAGACACCAACAAUAACGGCACCACUCUUGCUUCAAAGUACGCAACAAUUGCAGACAAUUCGUUAUUAUGGGGUCCAUAUAGAUCAGCAUUAUACUUUGGUGUUAGACCAAGAAUCCCCAAAUCCUUGCUUUCGGGAUUAAUGUGGUUCCCCAUUACCGAUUAUCAAUCGAUUGGUAAAAUACGUCAUUUUUAUGAACAGUUUGAUCGUAUGGGAAAAGCCAAUUGGAUUUCAUACGAUCCAAGAGUUGGUGGUCGUCAAAUGAUUCAAGAUGAUGAAUCGCAUUUUGAUAUUAUUAUAGAUUUCAUUAAAUCUGAAGAAGGAUUAUCAUGGGCAGUUAAAGUUAAAGCAAUACCUCAUAAGGGUUAUGAAGAUUCGAUUAUUUCGUUUGUUUGGUAUUCGGGAUUAGAAGGUGAGAAGAAUGAUGUUGAUGAAAUUACUGGUCAAAAGGAAAGAAGUGGGUAUUUACGAUUAGAUAAUAGUGCCAAAGAAGGUGGAUAUGAAGGAACGUUAACAUUUGGCGGUAUUUCUGAAGAAUUGGGAGCGUUUAGCUUGGAGAUUAAUGAUGGACCAAAGGGUAAUAAACACCCCAAAGGUAAACUGGGCACUGGCAAAGAAUUAGAUCCAUCGUUAACUCAUCAUCUUAGUCUAACUGUACCCGAUGGAAAUGUCUGGCAAGCUCGUGAUAUAUUUGUGACCAUAUUACAAGAAUCUAUAAAGCAAAUUGCUGAUACAAACAAUGGACAAGUUGGUAACUUGCCUCCAGAGAAUCUCUUUGUUGUUCGAGAUUUGUAUCAAUUUGAGGGUAAUUUACAUUUUGUUCAAAAGGUUUAUCAAGGUGCAUGUGAAUUCGAUGUGAUUUAUACAAAUGCAUUCACUCCUAAACUGAAUCAAUUAAACUUUGGUAAUAUUCAACAUCGAAUUGAUGAAGUUUUACACAAGUUGGAUAAUGAUUUCGCUUCUCAUUUCCAAAUCCAGCCUCCUUUCAAUACCAAACCAUAUUAUGAAUUCGCCAAGGAAAUGUUAUCCGGUUUACUUGGUGGGAUUACUUACAUGUAUGGAGAUCAUUUAGUUGAUAGAGAAACUAUACUCGAUGAAGAUACAUUUGAAUCAUAUCAGCUAAAAGGAUCAUUUGAAGGACCAUUUGAAUUAUUCACCCUAGUUCCAUCACGUCCUUUUUUCCCAAGAGGGUUUUAUUGGGAUGAAGGAUUCCAUUUAUUACCUCUUUUGGAUUAUGAUUCCGAUUUGGUUUUGGAUAUAGUUAAAUCAUGGUUUAAUUUGAUUGAUGAUAAUGGAUGGAUCGCAAGAGAACAAAUAUUGGGGACCGAGGCGAGAUCAAGAGUGCCUAAGGAAUUUCAAGUGCAAAGUCCUCAUAUUGUGAAUCCCCCUACAUUAACUUUAGUCUUGAGUAAAUUACUUGAUUUUGCUUCAUCGGGGAAGAUGAAUAUUGAUUCGUUUGGGGAUAUUGACCAACCGGUGGAUAUAGACUCUGAACAUGGCUUGGAUGGUGUAAUAUUAGGCAAAUUCAUAUUAAACAACCCUGAGGUCUUGGUCAAUUAUACUAAAGACGUUUACCCAAAAUUGAAAUCUCAUUUUGAAAUGUUUCAAAGAACACAACAAGGUUUCAUCCCAAAUGGGGAAGAGGAAGAAGGAAGUGGUUCAAUAAAGAACUCCCGAGUUUAUCGUUGGAGGGGCAGCACAUUGACUCAUUGUUUAGCUAGUGGAAUCGAUGACUAUCCACGUUCAUCACCUCCUGAUAUUGCUGAUUUAAACGUUGAUUUAAUCUCUUGGAUUGGUGUUAUGUCCAGAUCACUUCGUCUAAUGGCGGAAAUUUUGGAAAAAGAUGAUGCUGAAAUAGAACAGUUGAAGCAAUUUGAACAGGAUAUUAUUGACAAUAUCCAAUCGAUUCAUUGGUCAGCUGAAAGUGAAGUGUAUUGCGAUGUGACUUUAAAUGAAGAUGAUGAAUUGGUUCAUGUGUGUCAUAAAGGAUACGUUUCUUUACUUCCAUUUAUAGCUAAGCUCAUCCCUGUUGACGAUGUCACUAAAUUGGAGAAAAUCAUUGAUCUAAUAACCGACCAAAAUGAGCUAUGGUCUCCUUAUGGUAUUCGAUCGUUGUCGAAAUCAGAUAAAUUUUACAAAACUAGUGAAAAUUAUUGGCGAUCACCAAUUUGGAUUCAUAUUAACUACUUGAUUUUACAAAAUAUCCGAGAUUAUUAUCUUGAUUCAUCAAGUUUUAUGUCGGAUGAAUUGAAGAAGAAGUUUAGUGAUGCGUAUCAUGAUUUAAGAAUUAAUUUGGUCAACAAUGUUUAUACCCAAUGGCAGAAGACUGGGUUUGUUUGGGAACAAUAUGAUGAUGAGACUGGUGAUGCAAAAGGGGCCAAAAACUUCCUAGGUUGGACCUCGACCAUAUUGUUGAUUAUGACCAUGCCCGAGAUGAUAUAG